AUGAUAUAUAAGGAAAUCGAGUCCUGUGACACUAGCCACUUGUUGCCCUAUUUGGUACCUGGUAGCUCGUUUUUGCUGCCUGAGUUAACCUGUAGGCAGAUAUCUCAGAAGUAUAAUUCAUCGUCUCACAAUGGACAAUAUUGGAUUAGACCAUCUUGUAACAAUCAACCAUUUCAAGUAUUCUGUGAUGCGAGUGCAGGUUGGACUUUGAUCAUGAAGAUUGAUGGAAAUCAACAAACGUUUGAAUACAACAGCAACUUGUGGUCGAACAAGGAAACAUUUCAACCAAAUAACUUGGAUUUGGAUGACAAAGAAGCAAAACUGGCUUCGUAUUGGACACUACCAUUUACUGAACUUCGUCUGGGAAUGAAAGUAGAUGGAGCAACGACCAGAUGGAUCACCUUCAGCUAUACCGCAUCAUCUCUCUACAGUCUUAUUGCUGAUGGGCAAUACAAGCGGACGAGUAUUGGUGAGAGUAAAUGGAGAAGUUUACUGCCAACGACAUCUUUGCAGAGAAAUUGUAAAAUGGAAGGAUUUAACGCAAGAGCCACCGACCGUCAUCAAUUUUCAAAUGCUCGUGCUCGCUUGGGCUUAGUUGCUAACGAGCAAACCACUUGUAAUUCAUUUGAUUCUUUUAUCGGUAUCGGAACGAAGUACACGUCAUUCAAAAAUAGUGUUGGAAACUUAGCGAGACACAGUCCAGACAAUGGUAAUGUAAACAUCAGAGCAAUGGCCUACAUCAUGGCACGUUGA